UACAACUCGUCCGGUAGGCGGCAGCAAUGGACUGAAUUGCUAGUUUCAGGAUUUCACAUUCACAGCAUCUACACGAGAUCCGCAAAUAUCUGAUUAUAAGAGAGAAAAUAAAUAAUGUAACAUGAACAUUUACAGAGGACCGUGUGUCGGAUCGACACGGUUUGGUCACGGAUAAAGGGUUAAUGAAAACUGUUCUCUUGCUGGAACAAACAUCCGAAAGGCGACCUCUUGUUCACGGAAGUAGAUCCACACGUUUGAGUUCAUAGCCCUUGGAUGCUCCUGGUAACUCCUGUGUCGAGCUGAAGAAGACCUUUACGUUUCCUCCCUUAUCGUUAAGUCGUGCCAGCCAUGGCGAAGAGAGGAUAUGGCUACUACCGAGCUACUAUAUUCCUGGCCAUGUUUGUGGGCUACACGCUGUAUUACUUUAACAGGAAGACCUUUUCUUUUGUGAUGCCCUCUGUAAUGCAGGAGAUCACGCUGGAUAAGGAUGAUCUAGGUCUUAUCACUAGCAGUCAAUCACUGGCCUAUGCCAUUAGCAAGUUCAUAAGCGGUGUGCUGUCCGAUCAGAUGAGCGCACGAUGGCUUUUCUCUGUUGGGCUGUUUAUGGUUGGUGGCAUCAAUGUGGUUUUCGCUCAGUCCUCGUCGGUGGCGGUGUUCUCAGGCCUGUGGUUUCUGAAUGGACUGAGUCAAGGUCUAGGAUGGCCACCAUGUGCAAAACUACUACGCAAGUGGUUUGAGCCAUCUCAGUUUGGGACCUGGUGGUCAUUGAUGUCCUGUAGUAUGAAUCUGGCUGGCGGUCUCGGGCCCAUAAUUGCCACACUGAUGGCCCAAAGCUACAGCUGGAGGUUCACACUGUCCAUCUCCGGCCUGACUUGUGUGGUCAUGUCCAUCUUCUGUCUGCUCUUAAUCCGAAAUGAGCCCAGUGAAGUUGGCCUGCCAAAUAUUGAAGCUGGUGCAAACAAAGUAAAAGGAGGCACCAGCAAAAAUGAAAGCACCUUCAAAGAGUUCGUCUUUUCUCCAUAUCUUUGGGUUUUGUCAUUGGGAUACCUGGUGGUGUUUGGGGCGAAGAAUGCUUACACUGACUGGGGGCAACUUUUCCUCAUCCAGGACAAGGGCCAGUCGGCACUAACGGGAAGUUCCUUUAUGAGUGCCAUGGAGAUUGGAGGACUCCUGGGUAGUUUAGCCGCAGGAUUUCUGUCAGACAGAGCUGUGGCAAAGCAUGGAUUGCGUCUGUAUGGUAACCCUCGCCAUGGGCUCUUGCUCUCCAUGAUGGCUGGGAUGUGUGUCUCCAUGUACCUCUUCCGCACUACAGUCACAGCUCACAGCUCAAACGUCUGGAUUUUUUUGCUGGGUGCUGUCUUUGGCUUUUCCUCCUAUGGACCGAUUGCCUUGUUUGGAGUUCUGGCAAAUGAAAGCGCUCCGUCGAACUACUGUGGGACCUCUAACGCCAUCGUGGGUCUGAUGGCAAACGUUGGUGGUUUCCUGUCAGGGUUGCCAUUCGGCACCAUUGCAAAGCACUAUGACUGGAACACAGCAUUCUGGGUAGCAGAAAUAACCUGCACCAUCACCACAGUUGGAUACUUCCUGCUCCGGAAUAUCCGCACCAAGAUGGGAAGUUUACCCAAGAAGGCCGACUAAACAAGAUUAUAAUAUUAUUUUUAACGUUUUUUUAACUAGUUUUUACGGUACUGUAUAAAGGACAAAAAAAAAUAAAGUGUUCGACUUGUCUAGGAUUUUACUGUUGUUUAUGAAAUCUAGAUUAAAUUAAGUGUGGAUAUCUAUUCCUAAGAUAUUACACUAUUUUACGCAAUGUUUAAAAAUAGGAUACCAUGUUAUGUCACUUUCUGCACAUCAUGUUAUUUAUUCUGUUUAUUUUAAAAACGGAUGCCAGUAUUUUACACUGUUCUGAAUCUUCUCACCCAGCACUUACAUUGCAGAAUUUUAUCAUUUGGUUAAGGCAUGUUAAAGCCAUUUCUUCAGGGCUAUUGACAUUUUAUCGCUAUUAAGUCAAUUAAAAUAAAUGCAUUUCUUGUAUUUUUGAUCCAUUUUAAAACUUUAACUGGUCCUACCUCUGUAUCUGCAGUAUUACAAAUUCAUAAAUGUGUAUGAUGAAAUAUGACAACGUGUUAGAUCACAUGAAUGUUUAAUAGCACAGUUAUGUAAAUGAAAAAUGUAAGACCAAACUUCAGAAACAGAUCCAAGGUACAGUAGGCUUCUCAUAAUCUCCUGACAAAAGGCAAAUGAUAUGGAAAUUUCCUUACAUUUAGAAAGACGUUAAUAAACGUGUUUCAGUGACAUGUAUUGAGCAUCA